AUGGAGGUCCAAAAACUCCCUAGAACAUCCAAGCCCUCUCUUUCUCCCACUCUAGCAGAAAUCCAAAAGGGUGUCCAUGACUCGCAAAGCGACAUGAUCUCCGAUUACAGCACUCCUGUCCAUCCUCAAGUCCUUGAGCUAGGCCAUGCUUGUAGCUCUAUACCACCAUCAAACCCUUUUGUUCUUUCAUUUGACAACUUGACAUACAGUGUCAAAGUUGGCCAAAAAAUGUCACUUCCAAUCUGUGGAAAGGACUCAUCACUUGAUUCUUCAGAGACAGGCAAGAAAAUUUUGUUGAAUGAUAUAUCUGAAGCAGCAAGAGAAGGUGAAAUCACGGCUGUUCUUGGGGCUAGCGGGUCUGGUAAAUCCACUUUGAUCGAUGCACUUGCAGACCGAAUUGCGAAAGAGAGCCUGAAAGGGUCUGUGACUUUGAAUGGUGAGGUCUUGGAAUCAAGGCUAUUGAAAACGAUAUCUGCUUAUGUUAUGCAAGAUGAUCUUUUGUUUCCUAUGCUUACUGUGGAAGAAACGCUAAUGUUCUCAGCCGAAUUCAGGCUUCCUCGCUCCCUCUCCAAGUCAAAAAAGAAAGCAAGAGUUCAAGCCUUGAUUGAUCAAUUAGGCCUGCGUAAUGCAGCCAAUACUGUGAUUGGAGAUGAAGGGCACAGAGGUGUGUCAGGAGGUGAAAGAAGAAGAGUUUCUAUUGGAAUUGACAUCGUUCAUGACCCAAUUCUCUUGUUUCUCGAUGAGCCAACUUCAGGGCUUGAUUCAACUAGUGCUUUAAUGGUUGUUAAGGUCUUGCAGAGGAUUGCACAGAGUGGAAGCAUUGUGAUCAUGUCCAUACAUCAACCGAGUUACAGACUCUUGACCUUACUUGACCGUUUGAUCUUUCUUUCACACGGACAAACGGUGUAUGCUGGCUCGCCAGGAAGUCUUCCAGAAUUCUUUGCUGAGUUCGGACAUCCAAUUCCUGAGAACGAGAACCGAACUGAGUUUGCUCUGGACUAUAUUCGCGACCUUGAAGAAAUUCCAGGUGGAACCAAGACCUUAGUUGAAUUCAACAAGUCAUGGCAAGCCAUGAAAAAUGCCAAGAACAGAUUCUCCAAUGCGUCAAAGCUCUCACUUAAGGACACAAUAAGUGUCAGCAUUUCGAGAGGAAAACUGGUCUCUGGUGCCCCAAAUGAUUCGAACUCGACAUCUUCACCCGUUUUAAGUUUUGCCAAUCCACUUUGGGUUGAAGUGAUGGUUAUAGGCAAAAGAUCAUCAUUAAAUGCAAAAAGAAUGCCUGAAUUAUUCGGAAUUCGCCUUGCUGCUGUUCUUGUUACAGGUAUAAUCUUGGCUACCGUUUAUUAUCAUCUUGACAACUCUCCCAGAGGUGUGCAAGAGCGAUUAGGCUUUUUCGCUUUUGCCAUUUCCACUACUUACUACACAUGUGCAGAAUCCAUCCCUGCCUUUAUUCAAGAACGUUAUAUUUUCAUGAGAGAAACUGCCUACAAUGCUUAUCGUCGCUCGUCUUACGUUCUUGCUCACUCUCUAAUCUCAAUUCCCUCUCUGAUCGUACUCUCUAUUGCCUUUGCCACAACAACAUUCUGGGCAGUAGGACUUGCUGGUGGGUUUUCUGGGUUUUGUUUCUACUUCUUCACAAUCUUCUGUGCAUUCUGGGCUGGAAGUUCUUUUGUUACAUUUCUCUCAGGCGUUGUCUCUCAUGUUAUGUUGAGUUUCACCCUUGUGGUAGCCAUUUUGUCCUACUUUCCUCUCUUCAGUGGAUUCUACAUUUCUCGCGACAGAAUUCCUCCAUUUUGGUUAUGGUUUCACUAUAUGUCUCUAGUGAAAUAUCCAUACGAAGCAGCUUUACAAAAUGAAUUUCACAGUCCAACAAAAUGUUUUGUCAUGGGCGUGCAAAUGUUUGAUAACACACCGCUUGCCGUGAUGCCACUAUCAAUGAAAUUAAAGAUGUUGAAGACCAUCAGCACCCGUUUGGGCCGGAACAUUACAAGUAACACUUGUGCAGUCACAGGAACAGAUAUACUGCAGCAACAAGGGAUAACACAACUCAGCAAAUGGAAUUGCUUGUGGAUAACUAUUGCUUGGGGAUUUUUCUUCAGGAUUCUGUUUUACUUUGCUUUGUUGUUGUGGAGUAAGAAUAAGAGGAGGUAA